AUGUCACGUGUUUAUUGUGAAGAUGGCGUCUCCAAAUGGAGGUGAGGACUUUGAGAGCUCUCUGUUGAGUUUUGAGAAGCUGGACAGAGCGUCACCAGACCUAUGGCCUGAACAAUUGCCCGGAGUUGUUGAAUUUGCUGCUUCCUGUAAAAAUUCUAUUACUAAUUCCCCUCCCAAGUGGAUGGCUGAACUGGAAAAUGAGGACAUUGAAAUGCUAAAAGAACUGGGCAGUCUGACAACAGCUAAUUUGAUGGAGAAGGUCAAAGGACUGCAGAAUCUCGCCUACCAACUCGGCUUAGAAGAAUCCAGAGAAAUGACCAGGGGCAAGUUCCUCAACAUCCUGGAGAGGCCCAAGAAGUGACAAUCAACAGUGUACUUCAGAUAGACCCAUGAAGUUUUUAGAUCCCUCACAUGUUCUCCAUGUCAAUAGUUUUACAACAAAAUAAUAAAAU